AUGCUUGAUACUGGCGCGCCUCCAGACUCGACGGAGCACGAGCAUCUGGGCACUGUGUCACUCUUGAGCUCCCACCAUGCCUCGACGUCUUCGACACCUGGACUCUCUUCUCUGGAUGGCACAUCGCGGCGUCUCUACUCUCUAUCUCUCCCGCCAAGGUCUCACUCUGCGCCACCUGCCCACGAUAUGGCCAUCAAGCCGACGACAACCCGAAAUCAUGACCAGGGAACCGAUCAGCACAGCCAGGACAGCCAGGGCAGCAAGGUAACAGUCAAUCAUAACGCCUCGUUCGAGACCGUCACAUCACUAGACUGUCACCCUCAUCAUGUCCCAGACGACAAGUCUCCUCCACAGAUGCCACUUCCAGAACUGGAGCAGAGGACCCUUCCGCCAUUGUCAGAGAUCAGCCGUCUCUUGCGCCUCCAGAAGUAUCACAAACGCCGGUGCUACCACGCCGAGGACAAACUACAUCAGCUACAAAUCGCAGCCGCGAAAACUUCGCGCCUGGUGCACUCAGCCGGCCAUGUCCAGCAUAUAUUGGCCGAGUGCAUUCGAUCCGAGGACAAGAACAGCUUUGCCACUCUACUCCAUGCCUUCCAAGACGCCUGUGGAGAUGCCCUCCAUUCGGAACAAUCAGCGCCCGUGGAUGCCCCUCUCUCGCCUGAAAGCACUUCUCGGUGUUCGACUCCAUUUCUCCAGGAUCUCUCAUCUUCGUCAAAGCUCUCGAUUCUCGAUUUCCUGUCCAAAAUAAGAUAUAAUGGCAGAUUCCUUGCUGACCGUCUAGCAUCUUUGACACACAAGGAACUGGUUUCAUUACUACCGGAUCGUACCAGUGCUCGGCCACAAGAGUCAGUAUUCGGUGGAUCCGCACGGUCAAAUUCGCGACUCUCGAAGCCUUUGGGAAUCGUCGUGGACGCUCAAAUAGAAAUAUUUUUCUCUUUUGCUUUCAACAGUCCUAUUGAGACGCUCAUAUUCUCCACCAGAGGGAUACCAGGUGCCGACCGACUGGAUGACCACGCAACCCAGAUAUGGGCGGACGUCUGCGCUCGUCUUGUUUUCGAACAGAAGCCAGGGAGCGAAAGGGUGGUUCCAGCCGUUCUUGACAUUUGGAGUUCCUCAUUGCCGUGGCCAGGCAAGGACCGCCUGGAGACCUGGAUCCUGCAGACCCUGCAGCGUGGUUCGUUCCUGCUUGAGCAACCCAACAAUCCUUCCUUCCGUGCCCGUAUGUCAGGCCGAUCUGAUGUCUCACCCGAAGAAGAAAUGCGUUCCGAGAGGUAUUUCUCCGAAGCGGCGGAUUCGUUGCUCGAGUUGCUUUCGGAUCAGACCGGUCCAAGCAUAAUCCCACCAGGAGCCCUCAAGUUGUGCCAUGCUGUAUGGGGUAGUCUUAACGAGCAUCCAGGACAUCAGCGUGCCUUUCCCCAAUUUGUGCUUGUACGCUGGCUAUUCCACACAUUCUGUCAGGAUGCCAUAACGUUGCCAGAGUCGCAUGUCAUACUCACUGAUCAUUACGUCUCGGAGGGUGCUCGUCAUCGCAUUCUUCGGGAAGUCGUAUCAAGGGCCCAGAAAUCCGUGUUCGAUGUGGCGUACUCGUGGAAAUAUAACCUAUCGCCCCCUGUAGACACAGUUCGACGUAUCCAGAGCCUACAGGCUCGUUUCCAGGGAAGUGACGCCGUUACGGAUCGUCGGGUCAACCCGUCUAAAUCAUUGCUCAGCCAGAAUGUGGAGUCUUUCGUUGUAGUGUCUCCCAGGGAUAUUGCAGUGUGCUUGAACGCUCUUUACCCACCAAGGAGACCUGCCUCUGUGGCCUCUGACCGAGACAGCACCAGGUCUGGUGUACAAUCGUCUGCAUCUUCAAUGUCUGGAUUCUCUCUGUUUGGCCACACCAGGACCCCAGAGCCGUUCUCGGAAGUCACGACCUCUGGAGACUUGGAUGAUCACUAUCCACGAAGUUUGAACGCAAUCGCCGCCUCGAUACAAGCGGAGCAUGCUGGCGAGUCCUUGAUUGAAGCUCAGAUGCGUGAAGUAUGCCUUGAGCUCGAGGACUUGUUGCGUAAAAAAGCAGGUACAAACUCAGAUCCGUGGGAUGUUCUUGUGUCUCAGUCACCCAAGGAGUCACUAUGUGCCAUCAAGGAUGCAGCGGCGCGCAUAUGUGCAGAUGUCCAUACUGAAUCCUUGCUCCGACGUUCUCCAGGUCACGCAAAGAUCAAGACCCGAGAGUAUGCCAUCUGUCGCAAGGCCGUGGAAGCAAUCCUACGAGAUCGGGAGGCCAUUACGAAUGCGGGCACUUCCGCGUCUGUUCAACAUACACCAGAGGGCUUGGCUUCAAUUGUCGCGGACCUUCAGUACCUAUACGGUCAGUCCAUUCAAGACUGCGAAGCGCGGCUAGACUUUGUGCAAGCCCACAGCCUCUUCCAGCAGCUCCAGGGCUUGCUCUGUUUUGUCUAUCAAUCUGCAGGGUUGACCGCCCUAGGCGAUGUCCUACUGGACAUUGAACACUUCGCGCACAAAUCGGUCAGUCGCGCACAGGCUCUGUCCGAGGCUUGUGAGGCGUGGGCGAAUGCGCUAGAGUCUCUACAACAACUCCUGACGGGUUACCUGGAGCCCCUCAUAACACAGCAUGACCUUUUGAGGGACAAGAUGUGGUAUGUCGCGGAAGUACGUACAUCAGCUGCAUACGAAGAAGCCCGUUCGAUUGCUACUGCGUUGCGGGUCAUGGGCUCAAACAGAAAGAAUGUCCGCACUCGCCUGGGUCCAGUUCUACGGCACUGGAGCGGCACAAAGCUGGCUAGCACCAACCUUCACCUGAAGACAGAAGCACAAGUUCUGGAGAUCCUCAGCGCUCGUUCUGACCACGGCGGUCCUAAUAAGCUGAGCGAUGACCAAUCAAGAGCCACACAAAUGUGGAUGGACCGGCAGAACGUCGACAACCUUUGCCGGGGCGAAGAAAGGCUGCACAGGCUGUGUAUGGAGGUGCGCAAAUGCGUGGAUACGGUCACCGCUGUCACCGAUACGUCCAACAUCUGGCACAGCUCUCUUUUUGCACACGAUCCAUCGACACGACUCAAUCAGCAACUCAUCGAGAGACCCAGCUUCAUCACGGGACUAUACGAUCGUAAUGGACACUCGAGUCUAUUGUCCCUGCGCAGUCAACCUCGCAGCAAUGACACGCUAUCGAGUGCGACCCAUACUCUGUCGAGCGCUAGUUCCAGAGACUGUUUUGACUCACGAAGUCCCACCUUGACACAUACUUCCUCGGUCCCAUUCUGGUCACCAACUACCACUGAGGUCGACUCGCCUUCGAGCGCGACAAGCAUUGGCUCCGUGCAAGCGCAGUCGAUCCUGGAAACAUCGAUGCGUAAACGUGUCGCGGCGCCCAACGUCUCACCCAGUCCGACAUUUGUGGACAAGCUGCGGCAGCGGGUGACCAGCCUGGUGCUCAGUGAUCUUACAACCACGCUCUUCACUGAUGGAAGUGAGACUGAUCAUGCUUUCUGGACUGGGCUAGGCUUCGACCUCACCGACAGACACUUCCGCGGUCUCCAGGCACUUAACACUAGCGCUGGAUCGCAGACGCCGACUGUAGAGUCGCAAGGCCUGUCGCUGCCGCUGAUGAGUCGAUUUGACUUCAACGCCACAUUCGCUGCCAUCUUGCAGAGGUUCGCUGUCAAGGUCAAUCCUUCUGCCAAGCUUGCUUGCCUGCAUGACCUUGAUAGGCUCCUUGUGCCUUACAUGGCCGAACAGACUGCUAUGAGCUCUCCUGCGACAACAUUUCGUCCUCAUGUCGCGAACGGGGUUGCUGUCCGGGGCACCAAUGCAACAGAAAUGAGCAUUCGCGGCUUCCGAAUACUUUUCUCGCGAAGCUCGCUACGCCCGGCAACAAUCUUCCGAGACCUUCAGUACAUUGCCGCUCUGUUGCCUUCUUCUGUGCUCCAGAACACAGCCGAGGGCAAGGCUUUCUGCAAUGCAGCAGUGGCGAUCUCCGGCCUGAAGCAAGAAGCUCGGAAAAUUAUGGUUGAAACAGCCGACAGCAUCAUAGCAUACCAUUCCAACAAUCGUGAGCAUGGACGGUCUUCGUCGACAGCGCAGCAACAGCGUGACUCGGCCACGUUCUCAGCGCCGAGCCGCACACCCUCCGCCGAAGAAGUUGCUCGAUACAGCAUGGCCGAUGCAGCGUACCUGCUGCAGAUCGCUGCUAAAGAAGGCGACACUGUCGCUCAACGAGAGCUGGGUAUCUUGUACUUGACACACCCCGAACUCAUGGACCGUAUCAUCGCACCCUUGACCAAGCCUAGAGAUGUCUUCAAGGAGGAACUAGAGGGCAAAUGGAGGAGGAACCAAGAUCUUAAUCGUUGCGACCCACAAGCUAUGUGCAUUGCGUACCACUGGAUGGAGUUGAGCAGUAAGGGCGGUGAUUCGCUAGCGAAAGAGUACUUACGGCAACGCGAGGAGAUGGACAGUUUCUGA